AUGGCCGCGGACGCCGACCCGGAGCAGAUCGAGAAGUUUCUCGACGGGCUGAAGUGUGACGACAAGGGUCUCGUCGUCGCGAUCGCGCAGGACGUGGACACGGGCGCGAUUCUCAUGCAAGGCUUCGCGGAUCGCACCGCGGUGCGAAGCACUAUUACGCAGAAAAAAGCGACGUUCUUCUCUCGCUCGCGUCAGGCGCAGUGGACGAAAGGCGAGACGUCCGGGAACUUCAUCAGCGUGAAGUCCAUCCACAUCGACUGCGAUAAGGAUUCGCUGAUUUACCUCGGCGUCCCGGACGGACCGACGUGCCACACGGGCGCGCACACGUGUUAUUAUUCCCGCGUGGACGGCGAGGACGGCGCCGCCUUCGUCGACGGCGGCGGCGCGCACGGCCACGAGGAGGCGAUGACGACGCUGUACGAGCUCGAGGCGACGAUCAAAGCGCGGCGCGCGGAUGUCGUCAAGGAAGGGGACAAGCCGUCGUGGACGCGGCGGCUGCUGGACGACCCGGAGCUGCUCUGUAAGAAGGUCCGCGAGGAAGCCGGGGAGCUGUGCGAGACGCUUGAAAACGACGAAGGUAAGGAGCGCGCGGCGAGCGAGAUGGCGGACGUUCUGUAUCACUCCAUGGUGCUUCUGAACCUGCAGGGCGUGGAGAUGGAAGACGUCUUCGCGGUCCUCAGGGGGAGGUUCGGGACGUCCGGCGUGGAAGAGAAAGCGUCGAGGCCGCCGAAGAAGAAGUGA